UAAUCACUCAUUUUACUAUGUAAGCUGAACUAAUUCCACAAAUUUGUUCAAAGGGCUGCGAGCUGUGAGUUCAGUACUGAGAAGAUCUGUGAUUGGCUGGGUAAUGGCAGAUAUUCUGGAACUGCGGACAGAUGGAAACUCACUCCUGAAGGCAGUGUGGCUCAGACGCUUGAGACUCACCAGGCUCUUGUUGGAAGGAGGUGCCUACAUCAACGAGAGCAAUGAACGUGGGGAAACACCUCUCAUGGUGGCCUGCAUGUCCACACACACCGACCAGCAGAGUGUAAGUAAGGCAAAGCUCGUAAAAUAUCUGCUGGACAACCAAGCGGACCCCAACAUACAGGACAAAGGAGGUCGGACAGCUUUAAUGCACGCCUGCAUUCACAAGGCUGGACACAAAGUGGUGGAUCACCUACUUAGCAACGGUGCUGAUCCCAGCCUGGAAGACAGGAGCGGGGCCUCAGCGCUGGUCUAUGCCAUAAACGCAGAUGACAAGGAGACACUUAAACUGCUCUUGGAUGCAUGCAAAGCUAAAGGCAAGGAGGUGAUCAUAAUCACCACAGACAAGUCACCAUCUGGCACUAAGACUACCAAACAGUAUCUAAAUGUCCCUCCAUCACCAGAGCUGGUUGAGAGAUCUUCCCCGGCGUACUGCACUUCUCCCUCUGAUAUUAACGUCACAGCAUCGCCCUCACCUGAGCAAGAGCAACAAAACACAGUCUUCAGUUUCCAGACAAAGCUAAAAACCUCCAGCUCAGCUUCGAAACUUGCCAAUGGGCCCACGUCGCCGACGCGGCGGCCUGCAAACCCCAAACGUGCACGUUUGCCUCAGCUGAAGCGGCUGCAAUCAGAGCCUUGGGGGUUGAUUGCACCCUCUGUCCUGGCUGCUGCUGCCGCCGCCGCCCAUGAUGAGAGUAAGAAAGCUAGUUCUGAUGAGGAUGUUGUUGCAGGGGUAAACGGACUCUCUCUGAGUAAGAGGUCGGCUUUAUCUCGACAGAACAGUGUAGACGGGAAGGACAGCUUAUUCCCACUAGUGGGAGAACAGCCCUGCAAAAUGACCACCUCAUUAUCAGUUCCUCCAACAUCUAAACCAUCAUAUGAGAGAACGCUAGGCCAACACCAGCCACUGGCACGGCGCAGCACGGUGCCUACAGAGCAGGAGAGCAGCAGCUGCAGCAGUGGACUAGCCAGUCUGAGAGACACAAUGCAUAGGAGACACCUGGGGAAUGAUCACUAUGACUCAGACUCACAGCUCUAUUCAGACUCUGCCAUGUUAGAUUCUCCUAAGGUCCCGGUGGAGCGCAGGAAACUAAACACCUCUCCACUUGUGAUGUUAACCAGCUCCAGAGAAUCUCUAGACAGCAAUGCCAGCACAUCCUCUCCCAGCACAGCACGCAGGCGUGCACCUGGUCUCCUGGAGAGAAGAGGCUCAGGCACACUUCUGCUGGAUCACAUCUCCCACACCAGGCCUGGCCACCUCCCCCCUCUUAACAUAAACCCAAACCCUCCCAUUCCCGAUAUCGGGGCUAGCAACAAGCCCUCCUCACCUCUGGCCACAGGUAUUAGAUCUAUAGCUCCAGUAGCACCAAACACACCAAAGAGAGGUGGCCUCAAGUUGAAGAAGAAACUUGUGAGAAGGCACUCUAUGCAAGUGGAACAGAUGAAACAGCUUUCUGAUUUUGAAGAGCAUUAGUUAGUUAUGAAGUUUAUGCAGCAAAUAUUGUGGAAGUAGAGAUGUUAACACCAUAGAUUGUGAGGAAGUACAUCCAUAGUCUACACGAGUCAUUUGUGUCAUUUGUGUAGACUCAGAGCCAUCUAGUUGUUGAAUUAUGUGUAAUUAAAAAAUAUAGAUAUAGAUAUUAAAACUGAGCAAUAUAGGUAGAUUUCCUCCCCGUGUCACACUCAACCUUAAGGAUAACUAUCUUUUGACUUCACAACAUCUGCUGUAUAUGUUUUACAGUUUUGAA